GCCACCUUCACAUCAAAGGACUCAAUGGCUGACCGUGGCAGAUUUAGCCGCUUCACAAACUCUGAACCGAAAAAAUUGAGAGAAGCCCCGCUGUCAACGAGGGUCACUCCCCAUUCCCCCAUGACCUGCGCCUUGAACUGCAUCGUCGCCGACCCCGCUGUCUCGACUGCCGUGACGACAGAGAUCGUCUCCCUGCUCGCGCCUUCCUUCUCCCUCCACGCGGUCGCCUCCUCCUCCUUCUCCUUUGAGAUCGCGACCCGAGCCCCGCGGCUCUCGCCUGUAGCGACGGCAGAGUCAGUUUUCCCGCAGGCGCCCUCCUGCUUUCCUACCGCGGUCGCUGUCUUCUCUCCCUUCUCCUCCGCGGUCACGACCCGAGCCCCGAGGCUCCCGGUCAGCGUCCGCCGCCUUUGCUUCUUCCCUCUCUGUCGCGGUCGCAAUCAAUGGUACGCGGCCCUCGGCUAGCGUAUGCGCCUCACCAACCGCUGCCUGAAGCUCCGCCUCCACACUUGCCAGCCGCGCCAGCACGCAUUACAAGCGAUCGGUGGUCGUUGCGCCUCGGUCCCCGUCGGAGUUCCUUGCUGAACUCAUGUCGAACACAGAUCUGAUACCAAUUGUGAGGAACACGGUUAUUACGAACAUGAAUUAGGGAUGAGAAUGAAAGAAUUAGGGUUGAGAAUUGGGAAAUUAGGGUUGGGAAUUGGGGAUUGAAGGGAGAUUAGGGAUUUGAUAAUUCUGAUAUGAUUAUUCGUAUGCAAAAUAGUACACAACUAGUGUUUAAAUAGAGCUCUCUCCCAAUUACUAAUAAUGACCCAACUACCCCUCCCCUAGGUCGAGUCGGUCUCUGCCGUGCCGCUCACAGAAUACUAAAGAUUGAAGCACCAAUUUAUAAGGUGGUGGAUCGACGAAUGAUCUCUCUCUCUCUUAUGUGUUGGACUGACUUCCCCACCAAUGAGGCUAGCUCUCAUUCGCUUGUUUUUCACUUUUCUCAUCCUCAAACUCUGUCCAAAUUUUAUGUUUGUAAUAAAACAAAUAUAAUUUCCCACAUUUUCCUCAAACUCUGAUAAAAAUCCACCACAAUCAUAAGAAAAUUUAUUUACAAAUUUACCAAGCAUAUUGUUCAGUAUUUUAAUAUUAAGCAUAUUGUAUACUAUUCAAUCAAAUAUCUUUCUAUUCAUACAAAUUCUUAUCAAACAUAUUUUUUCAUCCGCAUUUCUCCAAUUUAGAAUUAUAUUAAAACAAACACUCGAAUCAUUUUGUUAACUUAUUUGAUAUGGUUACCGCCUUAACGGUUUGUACAACUUGUUAUAUAAAAUUGUUUUUAUUAAUCUUUGAUGAAAUUCAUAAGCCAUGACAUGGGAAUGUGAUGUGGCAUGAAGGGAGAAAAAUAAUGGGGACUGAAACAACUCCUUUUUUUCUUCUCAUUUUGAUGUCAUAAAUAAAGGCGAAGAUUGGCCAACAGAGAAUAAUAAAUUAAAAUGGAGCCGACAGCCGAGCCGAGCCGAGCCAUUUCAAUAAAAGUAGAAAAAUAAAAGCCGAGCCGGACGCUGGCUUUGCAGUCUGCAGAGGUCCGUGAAUCGUGAUUGAUUAGUAGUCAGCGCUAGUGGGCCUUAAGCCCUUGACCUUUACUCCCCCAGUGUUCUCUCGAAAUGGACUUGUCUGUGUAACUGUGUUGCUUACUUUACUUGCUUGAUCCAAUUUAAGUUGGCGGCUUACUAAAUAGAACAGAACUGGUUGGCGGAUGGUGCAUAUCCGUUACUCUAUUGGUAUUACCCAUACUCAUACCACAUAAGUACCGGAUAGAAAAUCAAAACUAUGUUCAUAUACGUUCGGGUUUCGGAUAUCCAUAGUUAUCCAUGGGUAAUAAUUUCUCUUUAUAACUUCAACUAAUAUGUUAACAUCCACACAUAUUUUCACAUUACAUAAGAGGAAAAGUACGACAAUAAUUAAUUAGAAUGAAGAAAAUUAAUUAAAACAACACAAUUUCAUGAAAAUACUAUAUUUAUAUGCUUAAUACAAAAUAUGUUAGAGAAAAAUAAUGAUUAUCUCUAGACAAACUACAUAUGCAUGUGUAUAAUCGGGCGGGUUCGAGUUGGAUAGUGAAAAAACCAUGCCCACUCAUUACCCGCGAUAUUCGGGUUCGAGUUUUACUCAUACCCACUAAAAGUCUUUCGAGUUUGGGUUUUACCCUACCCGACUAGGUCGGAUUCGGGCGGAUAUCCACGGUUACAGAUAUUUUUGCCAUCCCUAGUUGCAAGUGCCUGGACGAGCAACAGCUCGUUCUCACGACCCAAUAUUAAUAGUUGAUCUGAACUUCAUGAUAUGGUUGACCAAUGAAACUUUAAAGUAAAA